AUGACUACCUUUGUGGCUUCUUUACAUCUUCCAUACACCGUCCAGUUUGACAAUGAGCCUGACGCCCUCAAUUACAAGUCUCCAUUUGGAUCUCCCCAGCAAGCUCGGGAAAGGCCUUCGGAUUCGGCAGCUCCCAAGAGCCCUCCCCGCAUGAAACUUUCAACAGUCCGCGUGGAUCCACCCAGAUUUGAGACGCCAGCUCUGAUCCCCAAUCUUUUGCAAACUCUUGGACGAUCCCUGACUUCCACGAACGAGCCUACCCCUCCAUUGACUCCAACUGCUGCUGGAAGUCCUACAAGUGAAGAACUUUUCUUCAAGCUUGCCCAUUCUGAGAAUGCUCCUCUGGGCUCCCCCAGCGAGCCUUCCUUUACGAGAAAACUAAACCAGCCUAAAUCUCGUGACGGAUACUUUGCUCUCCCACCAGCACCUACGCGACACCGCGAGAAACGCCGUUCAUCGGCCUCGGAAAGACCAUUUAAGGGCAAAACUUGGCACAUAGAGAGGACAGAUCAAGGAAAUGGGGGAUUGAAAAACGCGGUCGAAGCUGCAAUUGCCGAUGGAACUUUACAUGACAAGACCUGGGUAGGAACUUUGGGUUUCCCUACUGACAGUCUUGAUGAGAGUGUCAAAGUUGCAAUCGAGGGGCGUCUUCGGGAAGAUUGUGACUCAAUUGUAGCUUUCCCCAGCGACAAAGAUUUUGAUGGCCACUACAACCAUUAUUGCAAGGAAAUUCUUUGGCCGGUUUUCCAUUACCAAAUCCCCGACCACCCCAAGAGCAAGGCUUUCCUGGAUCACUCGUGGAAGUAUUUCGAGGCAGUUAACCGUUCCGUCGCCGAUGUCAUUAUCAAAGACUACAAACGUGGUGACACUGUCUGGGUACAUGAUUAUCAUCUUCUCUUGGUUCCCAUGAUGGUGCGCGAGGCGCUUGGCCCCGACGCUAAAAUCGGAUUUUUCCUUCACGUGGCUUUCCCAUCAUCCGAGAUCUUCCGUUGCCUGGCCCAUCGCAAGCAACUUCUGGAGGGAAUGCUUGGUUCGACCCUUAUAGGGUUUCAAACGGAGGAAUACGCGCGCCAUUUCUUACAGACUUGCAGCAGGCUUCUAUGCUUGGAGGCCAGAAACGACGGUGUUCAGUUGGACAACAGGUUCAUUACAAUAUCCAUCUCACCAAUCGGUAUUGAUCCAAUCCAACUGGACCAGAAGCGGAAGGAGGAGAAAGUAACAGAGUGGCUGGAAGCACUCAAGACGAGAUAUGCUGGCAAGAAGCUUUUUGUUGCCAGAGACAAGUUGGAUGGUGUCAGAGGAGUUAGGCAAAAGCUGUUGGCGUUCGAGUUGUUCCUCAAGAAACACCCAGAGUGGGUUGGAAACGUUGUGUUGAUCCAGGUCGCCCUGACAACAACCUCGAUUGUGGAACUUCAGUCCACUGUCAUCGACAUCGUCACCCGUAUUAACUGCGCAUAUGCAACCCUUGACUACCAGCCCGUUGUGUACUUGCAUCAAGACAUCAGUUACUACCAGUAUCUCGCUCUUCUUACCAUCGCAGAUGCACUUGUUGUUACUAGUCUCCGUGAUGUGAAUUCACUGGGAGCGCUUCCAUCUUCAACGGCGCCGAGAUAUCUGUGA